CAGCUCACGGCAUAAUUCCUCCCGGGCAGGGCCGUGCCGGUGCCACGUCGGACGGCCAAAGAUGCCCCGAUCCUACGUGGCCCAAUGGCGCGCGGGCGCGCAGAUAUCGCCGCCAAUGGCGGGCGGCAUUUGGAUAUCCCCCAUCCCGCUCCGUCUCCGGCCGCCGGUGGCGCUCUUAAUAGCAGCCGCAGAUUUUGCUCCGCUCGAUCUCAAACGCCACUCCUUCUCUUCUCCCUCUCCUCUCGUCUCGGCCUCAGGAUCAUCAGCGGCAAAUGGCGAUGGCGUCGUCGAGCGGGCUCCGGAGCUGCAGCGCCGUCGGCGUGCCCAGCCUGCUGGCGCCGUCGUCGUCGCGCGCCGGGCGGCUGCCGUUCUGCGCCAGCGCCACCACCUCCGGCCGCGUCAUCAUGUCGGCCGAGUGGAUGCCCGGCCAGCCCCGCCCCGCCCACCUCGACGGCUCCUCCCCCGGGGACUUCGGCUUCGACCCCCUCGGCCUCGCCACCGUGCCGGAGAACUUCGAGCGGUUCAAGGAGUCGGAGGUGUACCACUGCCGCUGGGCCAUGCUCGCCGUGCCCGGGAUCUUGGUGCCGGAGGCGCUGGGGCUCGGCAACUGGGUGAAGGCGCAGGAGUGGGCGGCGGUGCCCGGCGGGCAGGCCACGUACCUGGGCAACCCGGUGCCGUGGGGCACGCUGCCCACCAUCCUGGUGAUCGAGUUCGUGGCCAUCGCCUUCGCGGAGCACCAGCGCACCAUGGAGAAGGACCCCGAGAAGAAGAAGUACCCCGGCGGCGCCUUCGACCCGCUCGGCUUCUCCAAGGACCCCGUCAAGUUCGAGGAGUACAAACUCAAGGAGAUCAAGAACGGCCGGCUGGCGAUGCUGGCGUUCGUGGGGUUCUGCGUGCAGCAGUCGGCGUACCCGGGCACGGGGCCGCUGGAGAACCUGGCCACCCACCUCGCCGACCCGUGGCACAACAACAUCGGCGACAUCAUCAUCCCCAGAACGAUCUACCCUUGAGCUGAUGAGACCACGGCGGCGGCGAAGAACGGAGAUGAGACGAGACGACGGGCGGACGGAAAGUGUGUACUGGAUGGAUCAAUGGUGUUUUCUGUGUGUGGAUUACUGCUGGGCACUGCCUGCGUGCGUGCAGCAACUGUACAACCAACGACGGCGGCGGCGACUUUCCGGCCGUCGGCCGGGAACCCAUUGUCCUUGUGUAAUGUAAAGCUUACUUGUUAUUAAGGAGUAGCGGCUACUCGAUCUUGUGAAUCCACGCAUUUUCGCUUUUGCUCCAAAA